AUGAGGAAGACCCAGAUGAGGAAUCUCUAUCACGAGAGCUGCUCACCAGGGAUGCGGCUCUCACUACUGGCUGCCUUCCUCUUUGCCGUCCUCGCCGCAGGUCUGGCGGAUCUUGAGCACCAGCGGAUGAUACGCAAACUACACGCCCCAACGAUCGUCGACCCCCGUAACGACCGCAUUGAGAUGCACUGCGAUUACGACUUGUACGGUAAGGAGCUCUACUCGGUCAACUGGUACAAAAAUGACAGGAUGCUGUUCAGAUAUUCGCCGAGCCUGACGCCCAAGGGCACCGUCUUCCCCGGCGAGAGCGACGUCAACGUCAGUCUCGAGGAGAGCGAUGGCGAGCGACUCCUACUACUCGGUCAUCAGGACUUCCGAACGAACAUGCGAACGUACGAAGGUACUUACCUGUGCGAGGUAUCGACGGAGAAGCCCUUCCUCACGGACUACGCCGUGGCCAAUGUGAGUGUCGCCAUCCUGCCCAAAAGCAACCCCGUACUCGAGGGGCUCGCCCACAAUUACCAGGUCGGCGAGCAGCUCGACGCCGUCUGCACCUCCGCACCAAGCUUACCCCCGGCCGAGCUCACGCUCUACCUCAACGGGGAAAAGAUCGAGCGAUCGCUCACUCAGCGCGACAAGACUCUGCACACGAUCGGCGAGGCCUCGGUGACGUCACGGCUCUCGGUCUCUUUGCGCCUCGAGCGCCAGCACUUCCCGGGCGGGGGGCUGCGCCUCGCGUGUCGCGCGAGCCUUCCGAGUAUCGCCACGGCCCAGGACUACCGCACGGAGAAGACGGCGACUCUCGCAGCGAGCAAUCAGCGACUUGCCCAGGAGCCCCCAAGGCUCAUUGUCAGCUCAUCGUCGAGCUCCGGCACGAUCGCCCGCGUCGUCUCCAGCAGCUCCCUCUUGGCUAUCCUCGGGAUCUCCAAGCUCUUUUAAUACAACCUCGCAGGAUUACAUUAUUAUUUCUUACGUUACCUGGUCCUCGACGACGAGGCACUCGCUCGUAGAGACCGACCACCGAUCGGUCGAGCAACGCAAGCUGUGCCAUUCUACCUUUCUUUCGCGUUUAAGGAUU